AUGGGACAGAGACACCAAGCUUUCCUCAUCGCUCGUGUACGCCCCCACGGUGCUCCAGCCGGCCACCCUGGCAACCGCCGCUGCAUAGCUGCCAUCCACCACCAAUGGUGCUAUGGUUCCCUCCCCCUCAACGCUACCCGCCGCUUCAUCGACCUCAUUCGCCAACCUCUGAACGCGGCCGCUCUGCUCUCCGAGGUCCGCAACCUGGACGGCAAGUACGGUGCUUUCGGUAACAGAGAGCCCACAAUCCCCGAUAUCCCAUGCCCAUACACGACCUCUCUGUUCGCCACCGCCUGGUCGACCAAUCUCGAGACGGGUGAACAAGGCGAAUACUAUUCCAGUGGAUUCUGUUAUCUCGACGCCCCCAUGGGCUGCUGGGAUGGCGACAACAAUGACGGUAUCACCAUCAUUGAUGUUACCGAUCCCUAUAAUCCGAAGUAUUGUUUCAUGGUGGCCGACGGGCCUGUACUGGAUGCCCCCGGAUAUCUUGUACAAUACUAUGAAGAUGUCCUUGGAUCCACGGACGACAUUGGCGAGGAGCCCAGCUCAAAUGCCCAUCUCCAAUACCUUCGGAAUUGCAUGCGGCCUUUGCGUAAUGUUCCGCUCAUUCCAUCCAGCCGCCUACAAGAGGCAUGGCCUUAUGAGCGCUUCUCGGACCCUCCUGCCUCGCGAGACCAGGGCGUUGCGGGAAACGUUCCACCGUCUGAGUCCGGUGCUAGUGACUCACACACUCUCACCGCGCGCAAAGCGGUGGAAACCGGGUGUAUCGACGACCUCGUUCAACUUAGUCGCCUUCCAGACGGGGCUCAGCAUGUAAAGGACGCUAUCGGCGGGUUUAUUCCCUAUCCAGACAACGCCAUGGACCUUCUCGAAGAGGUCUUGCGGGAGACGCACAGGAAGCACCCGAACUUCGUCGACUUGUCUGGCAUCCAGCUUUCUCGCGAGCAAAUUCUCCGGGUGCUCUCUGGAUGGGACGCGGAGGUCAACUGGCUGGAUGUCUCCAACAACGCUUCCACCGUCGUAGACGACAUCGUCACAAUCCUCGCCGCCGCGCCCCGUACUCGGGUGCUCAACCUCAUCGGCUGCUCGUCUGUCGAAGACGCCCCUCUUCUCUCCCUCGUCCGCGACUAUCCUCCAGAGCUGAAGACUCUCGAGGGCAUCCUCCAUCCGGCUCUCCUCGACGACAACAUUUCGGAACCGGGGAUGAAGACGCGCCCCUCCGCGCUCACCAUCGUCGAUGUCGGCAAGCACAAGUGGGACUCCGAACCCUCCUUUUCAUCUCUGGCGCUCUUUACUCCCGCGCAAGUCGUACAAUCCCUCACAGACUUGCUCCCGAUGUACGGACUCGACAAGAAGGACUCGUACCGUCCCAACUACCCCAUUCGGGGGAUCACCGAACCUGCAGCCCUGCAAGGCUGCGCGCGGGGGCUCGACGACCCCUGGGGCACGCGCACCGUCGCCAAUGUGCCGCUCUCGACGAGAUGGGUCCCCGCGACGCGAAGAGAAGACGGCGACGGCGAAAGCGUGCCACGCAUCGCCGAUGCGUACCAGGGCGAGGCUUACCAUCUGAAGGGGUUCUUGGAGUGCAUGGCGCAGGAAGGACGACCUCUGCCUACUGCGGCCGCGGUCGACCGGCUGGAAGGCCUUCUCGACGUGAAGGACGAGGGUGGUCAUGCGAUGUUCCCGUUCCUGUCGGAUUUGAGCCUCGACAGACUCGAGAACAAUUAG